GCAUGCUCUCUCUCUCUCUCUCUCUCUCUCUCUCUCUCUCUCUCCGACAUAGAGCAGUAUUAACGCAGGGAGGGAGGUGGAGGAAAAAAUACCAAAAAAACCCACCCCAAACCCGGGUGAAGUGUCGCGCGCGUGCCAGUGUGCGGGGAAGCGGCGCGUGGUGCGGGGGUGCGGGAGAUUUGUGGCUGCCGCAGUGGCGAGUCUAAAGACUAAAAAAAAUAACAAAAAAACAAAAAAACACGGGAUCGCAGUGCUGGACUUUUAAGUGCGCAAGAAUCCGUACGGAGGGUCUGCUCACGCUGCCACACACACACACACACACACGCUACGCAGUGUUGAGCAUGGAAACAUGUAGAGAACUUGCAGAAGCACAGCUGUGAAGGGUCCAAGAUGGUGGAAAUGGGGCAUGCACACCAGCAAUUGUUCACCAGCACAUUAGGGAGCAUGGCAGUGGUUCAAUCUGACCAGACAUUGUACAAAUCUGGGAUCAUAACAACGUCCUUUUCAUGAGUGAGAAGUCCACCGAGGUGUUCAGCUUCCACCAGCUCUGAUUUGAUUAUUCUUUUGAAGGGACAGUCCAGAUCGGCUCAUUUGCUAACAAGCAUUAAAGUGGAUGUUCCAGGUGGAGAAGGAUUGCAGAAGUAAAUAACUGUCUGCACGUUUUUUCUCCUCGAGGGUGAACCUGUGCUACCAACUGUAUGAGCCAUGAGGGAAACACACCUGACAAAUUCAGCUCGGUCAAGUGGAAAUGUUAGAGGUCUAGUGCCCAGUGCCUUACUCUGGUGGACCAUGGCUGUUUCCUUUUUUUCAUUUUCACACAUGCCAGUGGCCCAAGCUGAUUGUUGGCUAAUUGAAGGGGAGAAGGGGUUUGUGUGGCUUGCGAUCUGCAGCCAGAACCAGCCACCAUAUGAAGCAAUUCCACUACACAUCAACAGCACUAUUGUUGACCUACGGCUCAAUGAAAAUAAGAUUCGGAGCAUCCAUUUUUCUGCUCUGAGCCGCUUCAGUAACCUCACCUACCUGAACUUGACCAAGAACGAUAUCUCCUACAUAGAAGAUGGGGCUUUUUCUGCUCAGUUCAAUUUGCAAGUACUGCAGAUUGGUUUUAACAAGCUAAGGAACUUAACGGAGGGUAUGCUGCGAGGCUUGGGGCGUCUGCAGUACCUCUACCUUCAAGCUAACCUGAUUGAGACUGUCUCACCUAAUGCUUUCUGGGAGUGUCCUGCUAUUGAGAACAUCGACCUCUCCAUGAACAGGAUUCAACAGUUGGAUGGAAGUACGUUUCGUGGUCUAUCAAAGCUAACGACGUGUGAGCUCUACUCAAACCCGUUCACAUGCUCCUGUGAGCUACUUGGAUUUCUGCGCUGGUUAGUAGCGUUCCCUAACAGGACAAGUGAGAGGAUGGUCUGUGAUACACCGGCUGGCUUUUCUGGCUAUAGCCUCUUAAGCCAAAAUCCAAGGAUGCCGACAUACCGGAAUGCUUUCCACGCUCUCUCUACAGUUUGCACGGAUGACAACGUGACUCCGUACCUGCUUGGAUCCUCAGACGGAGGCACCCCCACAAUCCUGCCAGAUCUGAGCCCUUGUGGAUUGGAAGACUGCCCUUCAGGAACACCUCCAGAUGAGCCUAUCAGCAUCAGCCCAACAUAUUUCGAUCCAGAUGCCCGCCCAAUCAUGAAGCUUAAAGAGGUGACACACACAAGUGCAAUUAUCACCAUCCAAAUACCAAACCCUUUCCGAAAGAUGUAUAUUCUUGUCCUUUACAACAACAGCUUCUUUACAGAUAUACAGAACCUAAAAAGCCAAAGGGAAGAAAUUGAGCUGCUCAACCUGAAGUCACACACAAACUAUACUUACUGUGUGGCCUCCAUACGCAAUUCUCUAAGAUACAAUCACACAUGCUUGACUAUCUCCACUAUUACACGGACAAUGAAGGAGCAUGUUCCAAAUGGCUCGACGGCUACUCACUAUAUCAUGACCAUAUUGGGUUGCUUCUUCGGAAUGAUCAUUGUGCUGGGCGUGGUGUAUCACUGCCUGAGAAAACGUAAACAAGAAGACGAAUUAAAGAGCAAGAAGCCUAAGAUGAAAAGGAAUUUGAUAGAGAUGAAGUACGGGGCUGAACUGGAAAGUGGACCUAUCUCUCAGCUAUCACAGAAGCAAAUGAUGUCCACUGUCGAGCCCAUUCAAAGGAUGCCUUACUUACCAGCUGCCAGCGAGAAAGACCCGUACAAGGUACAAGAACUCUCUGGAACUCCCAAAACAACAAAAGGCAAUUACAUAGAAGUAAGGUCUGACCAGUCAGAUCGCAUCGAAUGCAGCAUGCCUCCGUCUGAGAACAGCCAAGGUUCUGUGGCAGAAAUAUCCACAAUAGCCAAGGAAGUGGACAAAGUGAAUCAGAUUAUCAACAACUGCAUCGAUGCACUUAAAUCUGAAUCAGCCUCCUUCCAGGCAGUAAAAUCUGGAGCCGUCUCAACCGCCGAGCCUCAGCUGGUUCUUACUUCCGAGCACGCGGCAGGCAAGUCCGGUCUUCUGUCACCAGUAUAUAAAGGAGGAUACCACCACCCUCUACAGAGGCAUCACAGUAUGGAAGCACCACUGAAGCGUGCCAGCACUUCUUCAAGCGGUUCUCUGCGCAGCCCUCGGUCUUUUCGUUCGGAUGGUGCCUAUCGCUCAGAGUCCAAGUACAUUGAGAAAUCUUCUCUGGAUGAGUCCGGGAUUCUGACGGUGACCCCGACUUCUGCGAUACUUAAGUCCGAGGCGGAGAGAAUGCGACACUACACAGAGCACCGGCACUCGUACCCCGGCCCACACCACAUGGAGGAGCAACUGGAGGUUUCUGCAAGCAGGAAGUCGUCCAUCUUGGAGCCGCUAACACGCUCUCGGCCGUAUGAGCUGUCAUAUUCACAGCUUUCGCCACAGUACCACAACCUCAGUGGCUACUCCAGUCCAGAGUACACCUGCAGGCCGUCGCUGAGCCUGUGGGAACGGUUCAAACUCCACCGCAAACGCCACCGGGAUGAAGAGGAGUACAUGGCUGCCGGUCACGCAUUACGGAGAAAAGUACAGUUUGCGAAAGAUGAGGACCUCCAUGACAUCCUCGACUACUGGAAGGGUGUGUCUGCCCAACAGAAAUUAUGAUUGCUUAUUUUAUUUAAGUGUUUAUUUAAAGAGUGUUUAAAUAAACCACACUUCACUCUCUGGACCAAAUAAAGCCAGUCUUCAUUAAAGCUGCAGUAAGUAACUUUCUGUAAUUUAGGGAUUUGGAUUAAGCUAUCUCUGGUAGAAAUAGGUCACUGCAAGCAACUCACAGAAGAACGGUUGUGUUCCUCCCACAGUGAGCGUCACGUCCAUGCUCAUUUAAACAAUAUUCAAGCUUUAAACAGUAUUUAUUUGAUCUGGGAGAUCAAUCCAGCAGCAGAACACAACAGGCUAAUUGGCUAAGAAGCUAAGAAACUAGUUAACUGAAAAAUUUCCUAAGACGACGCAAAUAAAUCAGCACAACCACAAAACUGAACUGAAAUAAUACUAGCCAGCUAAUUAGCUAGAUUUACAAAAAGGAAAACAGCAUUAAUGAAUUAGCCAACUGACACUGCAACAUCUCUAGCUAGCUAGCUGAAAUCAAACCUGGGUAAUAGAGGUGAGAGUCCAGAGCUCCUCAUGACCUUCAAGAAUAUUCAUUAUCCUUGUGGAAAUUCUAGCUAAUAUUACCCAGUGGUGUGUGUGUGUGUGUGUGUGUGUGUGUGUGCAUGUGUGUGUGUGUGUGUUAGAUAGCUAGCUGUGCUGCUUUUUUUUUUACUACUCACUGAUUCAGGCUAGAGUUCUGUUGUCUUUUAUUAUCUUGUAUAACCCAGAAUGGAGCGAGUGAGUUGCAGCAGUGAAAGAACACCAAGUUUUCUGUCCUGACACUUUAAUACAAAACCACAAAGUUACAUACUGCAGCUUUAAAUAGAAACUCACUCAUUUUUUUGGAGUUAGAGUAGCUUAGAUAGAAUGAAAUCACUAGCUAUUUUUGCUAUUUGACAAUAAGACGUGAUUCACUAGCUCUUACGGGGAGGAAUAAAAAGUAAUAGAUGACUUUUAACAGUAUUAACCUCAAAUUAAAACAUUUUUAUAUUAUCAGUAAUUAUAAGUAAUUAUAGGGUAUUAUAUAUUGUCUAAUUCUUAUUACUAUCAUUAUUAUUAUUAUUAUUAUUAUUAUUAUUAUUAUUAUUAUCGCAAUCAUCAUCAUCACUGUCAUCUCAUCAUUCAGAUUAUUAUUAAGAUUAUUCUUAUUGAUUACUCUAAUUAAUCUUUGGUUAUCGCAUGGCCGUGUCCUGUGACAGUAUACUGACUGUUGUGCACUCGGAACAAAGAACUUAAUCAAAAUGUCUGCCGAAUACUGUUUCACAUACCAGUCCGAAAAACAAACAAAAAAACAAACAAAACUGUGCUACUAUUUUCCAACAGUUCAAAAGGACUGCUACAGAGUUCUCCAACUUUUCAAGGGACUCUGUAUCGGAAAAAAAAAAAAAAUACAAGAAAAAAACAGAAGCACACGUGUUGGCUUUUACAACAAAACUACAACUUAAAAGAAACACAAGGCUUCUGUUCACGCUCUUUUUGUAAAGUUUCUGUUCAGAUCUGCAAUGAAUGUCUCAAGUCCUUAAGGAUUGCACUGUUUAACUGCACAAAAAAUACAGAAACACACACACACACACACUCCAACGACUUUCCCAUUUCAAUUUAGAAAAAGUUGUUAUAGAUAGACUUUGCAAACACACACACACACACACACACACAUCAUACAUAUAGAGGAAUGUAUGUAGGACGAUUAUUCUAGCCUUUUCUAACUUCUUCAGUACCACGUGAAUUUUUAUCUCGUUGUUUUUCCGUCUUUGAGUGAUCUCUGAGAUAAAUUCUGUUGUAAAGCCCUGAUUCUCUGAGAAAUGAAGACGGUUCUGUCCCGAAGCGCUAAACAGCGACCGCCUCCGAGGUCACGUGAAAUUCCCUCACAGAAAAAUGACCGCUGUUUCACCUGAAAGUGCAAUUCAAUACCACGCAAUUAAAAACAAUUCUGAGGGGAAAAUGAAAUCAGGUGAAAAUGAAUGAAUCAUCUGCAAAGAAUCAAGUGGAAAACAAUCCAAAUCACAUGAAAAUAAUGAAUCCUGAUUAAAGAAAAAAAAACAAAACAGAUCCUUUGGGAGGAAGAUCAUGUAAGAAAAUGUGAAAAUAAAUGAUGUAAAAGAAUGUCAAAUAAAUCUGAAAAGAGUAAAAGAAA